AGUAAUAAUCUUCUGUUAGUAUUUAUUUUAAUAAGACAAAAGAUGAUUUUAAUAAAAAUUAUAACAUUAUUCCACAUUCAUUUAACGUUUGGAUUAUCCUUUCAAAGAUUACAUUGUAAUUUUAUCAUGUAUAUGUUGAAUUAUUUUAAUCAUAACAAUCGAUAUUUAAUUGAAAUAAGUGAAAACAAAGAAAAAUAUGAUGUGCAUAGUUUAAACAAAUAUGGCGACGCUAUAAAAACUCAUGGCGAAAUCGUAUUAGUAAUGUUAGAUGUGUUAAGGGAAGCUAAUACAAACUCAAUAGAAUUGAUGUCAGUAAAUUUAUAUUUAAAUAAUGUAUCCGAAUAUGUAGAUUUUUAUGGUAGAAAUAAUGACGGAAUAUAUGAUAUGUCGGAUCAAACUUCAGGUAUUUUUAAAGGUUACAAAAUCAUUCAUGAUUUUUUUUUAAAGCAGUUUAUGAACAUGAAAUCCAAUAAUUGCAAUUAUGAGAUAUUUGACGAAAUAUUUAUUUAUUGUCCUGAUUACAACGAAUCAAGAGAAUAUACUCCCGAAAAUAUUCAAUAUGUUGCAAAAAAACUUAAAAAUCGAUUAAUACAAACUGAUAAGCAACAAAACGACACUGAUGAUAAUAUAAAAAACUUACAAUACAGUGAAGUAUAUAUUUUAUUUAAUAAAGCUAUUAAAAGGUCUAAAUACGGAGAUUUUUUACCGAAAAAUUUAUUAUUUUAUGACCUUAUGACGAGUAAUUGCGAAAUGUCCGAAAAAGAUAUAAUAAGAAGUUUUCAGGAUAAACAAUAUCCAUUGUUAACAAACGAACAGAAUUUAUAUGAUUUAGACAUAAUUCGAUUUGCACCACUUGCAGUAAUUUGUCCUGAUAAUAGUCGCUUGACCCUUUAUGAUGUAUUUAGAUAUGUCAAGUAUACUAUUUAUAGAAAUGAUGUAAAAGUAUUUCAUACACUAAUGCUAGCAGCAACAUUUCGUCCUAUUGCUUUACUCGUAAGACUCUUUAUUAAAAUUCUUAGUUCAUCAACAUACAUUUACGAUUUUAAUAGUGACCAAAAAGAAACUUCAAAAUUCUAUGAAAAUAUUAUUUCUGUUGGUGAGAGAAUAAUUGAAUGUUUUCAACAUUUUAUCGAUAUGAAUUUAUUUGGUGACAGUCCCACUAAAGUUUUUAUUAAAUUUUUAAUGAAAACUUCGGAAUGCUUUAGGUUUUUUAUGAAUAAAAAUAAACAAAAUCUCAUAUUAUCCGCUAGGGAAUUAAUGAAUUCAUUAAAAUCAUUUUUAUAUAAAAACAAAAUUGACUUUACUGAUGUAUCUGGAAUCUUCAUAAAGGAUAUUGUCAACAAUCUAUUCAAUGUAUUGAUUGUUGAUCUGAAACAAGUAGAAGAAUUUCUAACAAAAUUAUACUGUUAUAAGGAAAUCUUUAUAGUCGCUAACAAAACUUCUAAUAUUAAUCCCAAGAUAGAUAUACGUUACACAAAUAUUUUUAAUAGAUAUGUAAUAUGUGAGUUAUGUGAACUUAAAGAUAUUUACACAUUAUUAUAUAAAUUCAAUGAUGAUUAUGUCAAACAGAUUGGUGAAGUUAAGGAUGAAAGUCCAGCCAUUAAUGAUGAAAAUAGAAACAAAAUUAAUAGGUAUCAAAAUGAUCCUGCAAAAAUUAGAAAUAAUAGUGAUAGAUGCGAAUUAAAUAAUUACAAUUUUUAUCCUAAAUACUUGUUAGAUUACAUAUUAUACAUAUAAAUUAUUCAAAUUUUAGUAUUUAUCAAUAAUUUUUUCAAAUUUUCUUCCACAAAUAUUAUACAUAAAAGUAUCUUAUUGAUAGUAGUAUCAUACAUUAUAUAAACAUAAUUAAUUAUUACAUUAGAAUUGGGUAGAACUAACUUUCAGAACCAUAUUGUUAAACGGACACUGACCAACUGACAGUAUCAAUACAGACCUUUCAUGUCUCGACAUAUAAUUACGUAUAUAAAGUAUAUAACAUUUUCCUAUUUUUAACUUAAAAUCUCUGGCUACUAAAAUUAUAACAAACAUUGUAUAAUAUGUAAUAAAAUAAAAAUGUAAGUAUACAUUAAAAUUAUUGAUAUCAUUAAACACACUAGGUACAGUAAUAUUAUUUAAGAUAACAGUGUAAAAUGUAUUUUCACUUUUGUUAGUAUAGUAAAAGAUUUAAAAAACACAUUUCUUUCUCGGUUAUGUCAUUUUGCUCAAUGCAGUCUAUUGUAUAAAUGUUUAAGAUUCAGUUGUUUUUUGAGUUAAGCGAUCCAAUACCGUUGAACAUCGCUUAUAUUAUAUGCUUUGUUAUUUUAUAUUAAAAACUAUUAUAAUACGAAUAAUUUUUAAAUCUUUUAAUUACAUAAACUAUUUCAUUCAACAAUAAUCAAUAACAACAUCUCUAAUAAUACGUAACUAAUUCAAGUAUCUUUUAGGCUUUAUAAUUUCCCUAUCAGAUCUCCUUUGCUUUUUAUUUUAAAAUAGUUAUAACUUUCUAAAUAAUAUGUCGAAAGUUGUCACCGAUCAAUCAUUUUUUGAAUUAUAUGAUUAUUUAUUUCAUUAGAUUUUUAAAUAUGUAUGUAUU